CUCUUCACAGUGCAUGAGGAAAGGCCGCACGAAACAAGAUGAAAGCAGCACAGUCGGCGCCUAUGUGUCAUUGACUAUCUGCCAGCUCUCUAUUGUUGCGAGCCUUACUGGUUCACUACCACAGGAAGAAUUCUUAUCCGUGCUCUGUACUGUCAUGAACACGGACAAGCUUGCGAUCGAAGAUGUCAUUGACGAGGCCAAACUCAAGGAAGAGAACGGGGAAAUAUAUCUCUUUCAGUGGCUGGCGAGUAAUGAACGAGCUAUACAGCAUGCUUCCUCGGAUGAUCUUAAGGCUACGCAAGAGGCACUUGAGGGAACGCUACUGAACGUGCUCUCAGGCUCUGGGCCUUACCCUCCUCCUGGUCGCCCUCUCCGCAAUCUGGUUGCACGUUGUUUUGUAGCGUUGUACUCCCGUGGGAACACCAAGUCGUUAUUUGAGACUUUACAAGCGUUAUUCAAGACGGCGGGAGAACAGAAGAUCGCCACUCAGGACAUUAGCCGAGUUGCUGCCGUGUAUUGUGUUGGGGAGCUCAUGCGGGUAUUCGGGACUCAGGUUAUGUCGCAAGUAGCGAAUAGCGUGACGCUUUGUCUUAAGCUGCAGAAGCAGUCUACGUCUCCAAUCAUCCUCAAGUAUCAUGCCUUACUCACAUUGGAGAAAACAAUAUCCUCCGGAAGAAGAGCUUUAUCAGAUAAUACACUGAAGGAUAUCCUCAAGCAAAUGAAGAAUGCUCUUGGGGACAAGGCUUUGCCGAUCGUCCGUGCCGCAUCCAAGGUUUUGAUUACUAUGUAUCCCGCAGAAGAUGGUACUCGUGCUCCCUCAGAGGUGGAGUCUAUUGUCUCGCUAUGUGUCAAGCAUCUGGAUGGCGCAGAUCAACCCACCCGUUCUGCAGUCGCCCAAUUGGCCGGUCAUAUGCUUGCAUCUACUCAAGUUGAACGCGUUCUGCCACCAAGCGAUCCUUCGAAGCGGUCCAAGAAGUCUGGUGACGAGCAGGAUGAAGAAGAAAAGCCUACUCCAGUGGCACUGGGAAUCGCAACGGAAGUCAAACUUAUCAUGACCCCAAACGAGAUGCUCUCGCAACUCUCAAAUCAUUUCAACAAGCCUCAGACAUCUCACAAGACUCGCCUUGGCCUUAUUUCUUGCUACAUUGCGGUCCUUUCUAUUCUAGGUCCCUCUUUCGUCGAGCGCAACUACACCCUCAUUGUGGGACACUUCAUGUCAGAAAUUGUAUCUCAUGCCAGCAACACGGGCUCUCGUCACGGCAUACUCUUCGUUCGAAGUCUUGUCAAACUCGUUUUUCGCGACCUAAUCGGCGUCCGCAUGCUGAAUGAACAGGCACAGAUUCUCGCAAUUCAAGAACUUUCAACUGCCUAUUUGAAGCGGUGGCCCGCUAUGCUUCCUGGACAAACUGCGCCGGGUCCAUUAGUUCUGGCUAUCGCUCUUCAGGAGGUAGCAGGAUUAGUGCAACAACUCGGGAAUGCGCCACCCCCUGUUCAGGACGCAUUGUUAGAUCCCGUCAUCAGUCUUCUCACACAUCCGAACCAUACAGUCAGAGUCUUCGCGUCAUGGACUCUGCAGAGUUUCUGUUAUUCGACGCCUCUUCGACUUCCCAAGACUUUGCUCAAUCUCGUUGAGAUGCUCCAGCACGAUAUAUCCCAGCUGAACAGUCCUGUGGCGCCUGCUGAUAUACAGGCUCGGGCGCUUGGUCACGCAUACGGUCUCUCAGCUCUGCUGGCGCUGGUUCCUCAUCGGCCACUGUAUGUUUCGUAUGACAUCAAUGCCAACGUUUUCUACAUGGCGGUCCAGUUGCUCAAGGGCGCAGGGGAACACGACGUUCAUAUUGCUGGAGUUGAGGUUGAGAUUGCCUGGACUCUGAUUGCUGCUUUGAUGUCUCUGGGGCCUCAUUUCGUGCGGGCGCAUCUACCGCAACUACUUGUUUUGUGGCGCAAUGCCCUCCCGAAGCCAACGACUAAGGAUGGCUCUACCAAGCGGUCCGCAUCAGAGUGGAUGUUCUUGCUGCAAGUGCGCGAGAACGCUCUACGCGCUGUUCAUCAUUUCUUAAAAUGCAAUGCAUCUUCACUGGUAACCGCAGACGUUGCUCGCCGUAUCUCGUCGUUGUUAGGUAAUGCGCUCCAGUUCGCGAACACUUUUUCCACGCAGCGCAUUGAAGAGCCAACCGAUCGUGUCCAAGAAACCGAAGAGAAGGGGCUCACUUUACGCGGAGCUGAAGCGCUGCUACGUUCAAGAGUAUUUCAAUGCUUCUCAUUGCUGGAUUUGUCUGCUGUAUCAGACGCGACUCAAAGUUUGGCCCUUCAAUCAACGAUAGCGCUUUUUGCCAGCCCCGAAGGUUACUCUGGUUCAACUGUCCAGGCCGCUAUUGCGUCCUCGUCUGGUAAUUUCGUUCAUGUCUGGCAGACAUUUGAUGGAUAUGCUUAUGGCGUAUCGGAUAUCGACAUCGCGAGCGACAUCUCAGUAGACGGUUCAGAUGGUGGGAAGGACUGGUUAAACCGCGAUCCAAUAGAUGCGAGUAUUGAUGGCCUGGUUCAUACUCCAAUCAUACGCUCAAUGGAGCAUGAUCCACUAGUUCUGUGCCACAAGGAUGUGCACAUUUCUCGUCAACCCACGUCUCCAGCCGCUUUAACUGCUGCCGUCAAUUCAGGCAUCUUGCUCUUCGCGCAACUCCUUCCUCUUCAGGACCCACCUUCAACGGCUCGAAUGGUCACAAAGCUCAUAGAAUCAGUGAACUCGUCAAGGUCAGAAAAGAAUCCAGGCCGAAAGUUUGCUGUUCUGUUCAAUGCUACAGUCGCCCUGCUUAUCGCAUUCAAACAAACUUCUGGAGCCUCUAAACGACUGUCAGACGCUUUGAGCAAUCCUCAAGUGACGUCGACGUUGGCAUCCUUUUUGAAGGAUGUACUUAUCGAUGGCGAUAUUUUCUUGCGUCAAGCGGCGAGCGAGGCUAUUGGCCGCCUGUGCAGUCUCGCUGGCACUACAUUUCUCAGUACACAGAUCAAGACCCUCGUCAAUGAGGUAGUCGCGAACAGGGAUCCGCAUGGGCGUGCCGGGUGCGCCCUUGCUUUCGGUGCCAUAUACGGAAACGUAGGAGGCCUCGCUGCUGGUCCACUUCUAAAGACAACAGUCCACGUUCUAAUGUCUCUGAUUAACGAUCCCCACCCUGUUGUUCACUUUUGGGCUUUGCGCGCACUCAGCCGCGUUAUUGACUCGGCCAACUUGACCUAUGCUGCCUAUGUUCCGAGCACCCUUGGCUUGCUUUUCCGAACUUAUAUGCUCGAGUCUCACGAACCUGAGGGGGGUUCGGUGAACUAUGUAAAUCUCAGUGGCGAUCUACCUAUCUAUCAAGCCAUUUGCCAGAACAUUGACGCUAUCGUUACGGUUGUUGGACCCGAUAUUCAAGACUCCGUCCGCACACGGACCUUGGUAUUGGAUCUCGUUGAGCUACUUGGUCAGGAGGAUAACGACGGUGCUUGUGUGGAGGCCAUGAAAUGCAUCCAGCAUUUUCUAAUGUUUGCUCCGGAGUAUGUCGAUGUUCCCAAGCUCGUUCACCAGUUCCGCGGAUACCUUUCUUCAUCUCGACGGCUACUCAAGGAAGCUUCAAUUAACGCGCUAUACCAGUUGGUUCAAAAGGAUGCGGUCCUCAUGUCUCGACUAGGCGGUGACCUCCUUGUCGAAGAGCUGUUUGCGAUGCUUGAUGACGACUCCUCUGUUGACGGCGUUCGCAGCGUAAUAACAGUAUGGCUUCAACAAACAGUUGUUCACAAUCCAUCAGCAUGGAUCGACAUUUGUCAACGUAUCAUGUCCCGCACGACGGCAUCCCAGCAGGUUGCAGAGGCCACCGCAAAGCGCGUUGAGCUUGGUGAUGAUGAAGGGCAGUCAUUUAGUACUGGCAGCGGAGAAGCAACCUCAGGACAAUCCCGGCCUGUUGCACGAUGGCGAACGCAGCUGUUUGCGUUGCAAUGUUUACAUACCAUCUGUACGGUUGUUCGGCAAUCUGGUCGACGAGAGCAUGUAGACGUGAUCUACGCUCGAUCGCAAUCGCUUCCUAUUUCCGGACUACUGGUUUCUCGAAUCGCUGACUUGGUGCGAAUUGCCUUUACCGCGUCGGCUGCACAUGUGAUGGAGAUUCGGUUGGACGGGCUUUUGGUAUUAAGAGAUGUUGUUGAAAUCUUUGCUUCGGUGCCAGAUCCCGAGUUCGAGAACUCAUCCAUCUUGGAACAAUAUCAAGCCCCGAUCACUGCGGCUCUAACACCAGCAUUCUCAUCCGACUCCACUCCGGAAAUACUUGCGUCUGCAAUCAAAGUCUGCGCGGUGUUCUUAGGCUCUGGCGCCGUGCAGGACAUCGAGAGAUUGGGUCGCAUCCGAAAGAUCCUCACCUCGGCCCUUGAGCAGUGCAAGGAACCUACUUUUCUCCAGCUUGGAGAUGCAGCUGAUUUAGGGCCUAACGCAUCUGUGAUGCUACGUAUUUCAACAUUAGCAGCCUGGGCGGAGCUCAAGAUAGCAAGCCGCACUCACGCGUAUCUCUCAGAAGUACUUCAAGUGCAUGCUUCUACCUUAGCCCCACUAUGGAUUAGUUGCCUUCGAGACUAUGCAAGCAUCAAAGUUGGAGUUGAAGGUCUUGAUGAUGUUACCGCUGCCUCUCUUGACACUUCAUAUGGUGGCCUCGGACGAGAAGUUCUUUUACCAUACUAUGCUGAUUCAUGGGCAACAAUUCUCCAUGCCAUUGUCAUUUCCAUGAAGGCUCAGGACUCUUACAUCCAGGCUGCCAUGAAUGGGCAGAUUAUAUCACAAACUGCAGGUGACAGUGGAGAGCCUGCUGCAUUCUUCUUUACACUUUUUGGCCUGGCCUUUGAAGUGUUAACAACAUCCACCUAUGGAUCAAGUAACUCUGCAUCACAGGUGAUGCUGAUAGCAAUCCAGACAGUUGAAUGUCUAGUUCACAAGCAGUUUAGUGGCAGGGUGUUUGCAGAUGUCAGAUUUUUAGAGGAGCUUAUCAGGGUUCUUUAUCGCUUAGCUCUGGCAGAGCAUGAACCUGUACUGCAUUAUCUUCUUGAUGCCAUAGUAUCACUUGCUGAAGUCUUAACAUCAAGUUCUCCUGGAAGCAUUGAUCAUUGUCUCAAGAUCUCUCUUUACAUUAUGAAAAGAUGCAUUGAUGAAUCUGAAAGGUUUCCUUUUUCAGCAUCACUUUUUAAUCAAGCAACUGAAGCUCUCAGCAAAAUUCUUAUCAGAAUGGACAAAUCAGUUCAUGCUGAUACACUGACUGUUAGCCUAUCAGUAUAUUCAGGACUGUUGCAAUCUGAAAUAAUUGCUAGUGAUGCUGUCAUAGGUACCCUGCAGUCUUUGAGACUAUUGCUGAAGACUCUUGAGGAGACCAAUAUAUCAACUUCUCAGCUUGAGCAAAUGCUGCAUGGCAUUCUUUCUCAAUGUCUCUUGAAUAUUGAUAGCAUGAGAGGUCGAAAAGGACCAGCCUGUGAUAUCAAGAUCAAGAACAAUAUGUUUGCUAUUGUUCUUAUUCUAACUACAUAUCCCUCAAAGAUCAAACUUGGACAACUGGUAAUUGAUCAUACCUGUCAAGUGAUAAUACAGUUAUUACUUGACCUUGAGGAGACUGCAGUUACUGCAGCACAUUGUGCAAGAACUCUAAUUCUGGCAUCACUUUCUGGCAAUCCACAUCUGAGCUGUUGUGGAAAGUUGCUUUUGCCAGGACUCACUCAGAGUCUAAUCAAACUAUCAGCUAAUUCAGAUGCCCUCUCAUCUCAACUAGUAUCUGUGGUAUAUGAAGCUUGGAGAUGUUUUGUUGCUUUAGUAAAUGCAUCUUCAGAGCACUUCAGAAUACAAGCUUUGGCAUUCACUUUACCUUCAAUGAUCUUAUUUCUUCAUCCAAGCAUCAGAUCUUUGGACUCACUUCAUCAGCAGACUUUAACACACAUUCUCUCCUUUGCAUCUUCUUAUCCUGCAAAUUUUAAAGAGGUCACUUCCAAAUUGGAGCAAGAUAUGAGAGAGUGUUUGGAGAUAUCUGUGAAAGAGGUGCUAGGAGGAAGUAGCUUAACUGUGGCUGAUCUAGUAAAGCCACAAAUUUCUUUGCGAGUAUUUCAGCAUAUUUAGUGUCUAUGUAACUUUAGUAUUGCUAUAUGCUAUACAAGAUAACUUGUACAAUAUAUACUUUUAAACUAUUUUGAUUUUUAGAGCUAGAUAUAAUAAAUACUAUUAUUUUUGUCAUCUUCUGCUUGUCUUGUCUAUAUCUAAAAGUAAUGCAUAUAUCUAUUAAAGAUCAUUUAGAAUU